UAUAAAUCUAUUUAAUAAUAUAAACGGGGAUUUAUUGUCUGGGUGUCUUUUUACAAACAAAUGACAAUUAGAUCUUUGGCUACGUUUAGCACAUUACGAGUUACGAUUUUAUAUCGGUAAUUUAGAAAUUAACGCGUUGUUUUCGACUGGAACUCGACAGUGUGACCAAACUUCACAAGUCGUAACAUGCUAGAAGUCUGGUAUUUUUGGUAUUAAGAAUUGCCAGUCACCGUGAUACGUUAACACGUCAACAGUGAAAUGACUUCUUUUGUCAACAAACAUGUCGCUUAUUAAAAAUCUAGUUAAAGAGACAGAAAACAAACCGCGAAAGAAGAAAAAGAAUGCGGGCUCCGACGACGACGAUGCUGGGGAGAAGGAUAAGCCAUUGGGGCCGUUCAUCAAGUCAGCCACCGAUCUACAAAGACUGAAGCUGGAGAAACUUAUGAAAAAUCCUGAAAAGCCAGUUAUUAUACCGGAGCAAAGGCGCGAGCGCGACUACAUGUCCUCCGUGCCCACAUUCGUGCGCAAUGUGAUGGGCAGCAGUGCGGGUGCCGGCUCCGGAGAGUUUCACGUAUAUCGCCACCUGCGGCGCAAGGAAUACGCGCGCCAGAAAAACAUACAAAACCAGAGCUUACGUGAGGCAGCCGACGAUGCCUAUCAACAGAAACUGGAUGAUAACAAACAGAAGGCCGAGGAGCGCACGGCCAAGAAGCGAGCAAAACGCCUGAAGAAAAAGCAGCGGGCCAAACGACCACGUGAACCCAAACCGAAGGAUGAUAAUAAGCAGCCAGAGAGUGAGUCCAGUGCAAGUGGCUCCGAGGAGGAUGAGCAGCCGAAUGAGGCGGCUGAGCAGGCAACAUCAGCUAAGAAGCCAGAGCUGAAGAAGUCAACUGCAGCUGGGAAGCCAGAGCAGGAGAGCUUGGAGGAUGCAAAUGCAGUUGAGAAACCGGAGGCGGAGCUUGCCGAGAUCAUGGAGGAGGCGGACAAAUCAUAUACCAAGGAAGCUGUAGUCACUGAACCUUCAACGAAAACCACAAAAUUUGCUGAUCCAAAUGCGCCUGCCACUUGACUUAAUUCACUUACUUUACAUGAUUACAAUAAAGAACAAAAAUAUAACUUAUGGUUUAUUAGUGAAA